AAAGUAUCUUUGGUAUUUUGAGGUUUGGGUCAUGCCUGCCUACUCAUAUCAGUGCGAUCAUAAUUCUUGCCAAGGCUACCAAAUUCUAGCUGUUGUGCAUAUGUUUCAUGUCAAUUAUCUGCCAUGUAGGGUCCUGUGAAGGGAAUAAUAAUGCUCCAAGCCCCCCAGACCUGGUCCACUUCAGCAAGUUCUCUGUUAAACUACCCUUAAUAAUGCAUUUUUGUCUUCUAAAAUUGGGUUCUUUGGCCUAAAUCAGUUGUGAUAUAUACCAAGUGUAACAAGAAUCUGAAUAUGUAUGUAUAUAUAUAUAUAUAUAUAUAUAUAUGCUGGCCAAGGAUAAGCAUAAAUUGAUUGAAUGUCUGCUGCGUAAAUGGCCAAACCUCAUGUCUCUGUCUGCCCUACCCACUUGCCCAAACACCACUACAAUCAUGAAACUAGAAAGAAACAGGCUGUGACCAACAAACCAGGAGACAUGAUAAAACAAGAAGCAAUAGGCAUGUCAUGUAGAGCGUUUUAUGGUUCAAAAUCAAAGUUAUCAGCAUCAGGUGGAUAAAGAUAAAGAGGCAUUUUGCAGUGUGGCAAAUUGCAGACCAGAAGGUUUAUGUGAAAGUAAAACCUUGACAGCUUGUUUGUUUAUAAGUUUAGAUAGAUGUAAAUCUCAUUCCAGGAAGGUCAUUUUGGACUCUUUCUGGCAUGUCUUGGGCUCAGAUAUCAGACUUCGAAUUGUUUAAUGCCCUCAGAAGCCAGCUUACCCGGGAAAGAUUUUAUUGAUGUUUGAUUGUUUAAUAAAAAGGGUGUGCGUCACAUGAUUUGGUUACGAUAUCUGACGUAAGUGUUGAAUUAGAUUGAAGAUUUUUUUAUUUUCAUGGCAUCUAAUUGCGUCAUUCGAUUUGAUUUUCUUCUUUAAUAAUCCUCUCUUAAGAUCCAAUAGCGACAAAUUGAGUUUGAUGUUUUGAUAGUAGACAAAAACAAACAGGUUACAAGCAUUUGUGCCUGCUGACUGGCUGCUAUGGAAGAGAUGUAAGAGGAGCUCGAAUGCUUUGCUUUGCACCAGGGCCUUGAGGUGCUGGUCUCUUAUCUCAGUUGUCUAGAGGUUGAAGGGUAUUGCGACAUUGUAGUUGAUGCUCUUCCGGGCAAAGUCUCCGUUUCUUUUCGCGGCGAUCAUCUUCAUGUUGUGCAUGUUAAACGCAUUUACCAUGAAGCUAAUUUUGUCGUUCGUUUCUUGACUAAGAAGGGUCUCACCCCAGAUUUUAUUUGGACCUCACUUGGUCGGUACAAAAAAUAUAGAAGAGGUGCAUUUUUUAAAGUUGCUGCAUAAACCUGGUACUGUUCCUAGUUAGUCUUACUUCCCUGUCAUCUUAUGAGAAAAAUAAUUAUAUGAUUAGCAUAGGGAAAACAUUUUGGAACACCAUGUCACAAUCUGUCUUUUGCUUCCCAUCCCACCCCCAUCCGAUUUUACAAAUUACAACUUCCAAAUUUCCAGUAAGUUGAGUAAAUAUCAUGAGCAGUCGAAUCUCUAAUCCCACCGGCAACAUUAUCUUUUUGUCGGUCUCACUAAAAUAUAGUACAAACUUGUCAUUUUCCAUUAGAACUCAGAAGAAGUUAGAGAAAAGGUUAUGAACUUACCCAAUAUUUACAUCAUCAGAAAGAAAACAUUUUGCCUAAAACCAAAAAAAAAAAUCCUUUUUUUUUUUCACUGGCAUAUUUCAUUAAUCCAUGUAACAUUACAAAAAAAGAAGGCAUUUUUGUUUAUCUUAGAUUUUUUGGGACAAAAAGUUCUUGUGAUGAGAUGGGUACGAGUCUACCACGCAAGAGCAUCAAACAGUAAAUAAGUUUUCAGAACAGCAAGGAUUACAAGAUAAUCAGGGAACGCUUCAUAUAAAAGUUCUUCGCUUUUAGAUGUGGAAACCGAGAAGAAGCUCAGCGAACUCCUCUUUUAUUUAAUUUAGUUGAAAUAGAAAAGUUGAAUCUGCCUAUCAUCUAAUCCAAAACCAAGAACUUUCUGUUUCAUGGAGUGUUUGCUUUGCAUUACAGUUAUACAUACAACGUUCUUCUGAUUUUGACAGCUGCAGAACGGCAUGUUGAGGGUCUUUCCAUUUUUGGCCUGUAUUAAUGCAUGCUAUCGUUAGCUGCGGGGUUCUUAAUAUAUUCUCAAGCCUUUGGAAUUUCAUAUGUAUAUGUCAAGAAUAAGAUUCUGAGCUUCUUAAAUUGGAAAAAUGGCCAUGGCUUCUUCUGUGAAAGUGGUUCUUGGCUCAAUUGCCUUUGCAGUCUUUUGGGUAUUGGCAGUGUUCCCGGCUGUCCCUUUUCUGCCAAUUGGGAGAACUGCAGGGUCCCUCCUAGGAGCAAUGCUUAUGGUUAUUUUCAGAGUCUUAACUCCUGACCAAGCAUAUGCUGCUAUUGAUCUCCCAAUCCUUGGUCUUUUGUUUGGGACAAUGGUUGUCAGUAUUUACCUUGAAAGAGCAGAUAUGUUCAAAUAUUUGGGUAAGUUGCUCUUGUGGAAAACCCAAGGAGCAAAGGAUCUGCUCUGUCGAAUCUGCUUGAUUUCUGCAAUUUCCAGUGCUCUCUUCACCAAUGAUACCUCUUGCGUGGUUUUGACUGAAUUUGUUUUAAAAGUUGCAAAACAGCAUAACCUCCCACCUCAUCCAUUCCUACUUGCCCUUGCCUCAAGUGCAAAUAUUGGGUCUGCAGCAACUCCAAUUGGUAAUCCUCAGAACUUGGUUAUAGCUGUUCAGAGUAAGAUUCCUUUCGGAAAAUUUGUGAUCGGAAUUCUCCCUGCAAUGCUUGUGGGAAUUUUUGUGAACGCUUUAAUCCUUUUAUGUAUGUUCUGGAGGUUGUUGUCUGUCCAUAAGGACGAGGAAGAUCCAGCUGGAGAAGUUGUUGAAGAGGAGGACGUAAGUUCUCAUCGGUUUUCACCAGCCACAUUGUCACAUAGUGCAUCCUUAAACUCCCAAGAAUGGAACUCUAGAUUAGAAACCGCAGAUGUGAAAAGUUCUCCAAAUUUUAGUAGGAACAUAGAUAAUGUUGAGACUCUUAGAAACCGUUUACCUUCAAGUGAGAAUGAAAUAAACAACGUUCAUAGUGGUGCUUUGGACUCUGCAAGAAAUUCAAUUGCAUCAAAAGAGGAGAUAGUUGAUGUGUCCUCUCACAAAAGGGAGGAAACGAUCCUAUCGGAAAGGUCUGCGUCAAACAAUACACUGAGAGAUGCAUGUCCUACAGAGUCUUUGGAAGGGAAGGAAAAUCUGACCACAAGAUGGAAAAGAUUGCUGUGGAAAUCUGGUGUUUACCUUGUUACUAUAGGAAUGCUGAUUGCAUUGCUUAUGGGCCUGAAUAUGUCAUGGUGUGCAAUUACUGCUGCACUUGCUCUAGUGGUUCUUGAUUUCACAGAUGCUCGGCCAAGCCUAGAAAAGGUCUCGUAUUCACUUUUAAUUUUCUUCUGUGGAAUGUUUAUAACCGUCGAAGGGUUUAACAAAACUGGUAUUCCAAGCGCUCUCUGGGACUUCAUGGAGCCCCAUGCACAUAUUGAUCGUGCUACUGGGAUAGCUGUUCUUGCCCUUACCAUACUUGUGCUAUCAAAUUUGGCUUCAAAUGUACCAACUGUUCUGUUGCUUGGAGCACGGGUGGCAGCAUCGGCAGCUGCAAUUUCUGCGGCAGAGGAGAAGAAGGCAUGGCUCCUUUUAGCUUGGGUGAGCACGGUGGCAGGAAAUCUAUCACUGUUGGGAUCGGCAGCCAACUUGAUAGUGUGUGAACAGGCUCGCCAAUCCCCAUACCUUGCAUACACUUUAUCCUUCUGGAGUCAUCUUAAAUUUGGCGUCCCCUCUACUCUUUUAGUCACUGCCAUUGGUUUGACACUGAUAAGAUGAUUGAUCAUAUUUUCCCUGGUUGGUGCGUUUGAUUUAAUCAAUCUUGUUGUAAGUGAAACUUUUGUACAAAGGAAAGAUCAAUGUCAAUGAAAACAUAAAACCAAAAAACAAAAA